UGUCCGGCCAUGGCCGCGCCGCAGCCUCCGCAGGUGCCCGAGGCGCUGCAGGAGGUCACCGUCACCACCACCCCACCAGGCUUCCCCACAUGUAAUCCUGACCUGCUCACUCAGCCGGAGCAUCCAGAUGAGGUUUGGUUCCCCAACAUCCAGAGCUCGGAGGAGGAGGAAGAGGAACAACUGGCGAGACCUCUCUUGAAGUUGUGGACAAGGAAAAGGAGGCGGUGGAGAAGCUGCCAAGAUGCCGGGAGCUCCUCCGGCUCCAACUCCUCUUAUUCAGAUGAUGGAUGGACGAGUGAGACAGAGGAGGACAGUUCCCAGGAUGAAGAUGGAGGGUCGAUGAGGAAACCCAAAGGUGGCAUCUCCCUGGGCUUCGAGAACCACAAGAACCAUUCGGGAAGGAGAUCAACUACUUCCACCCAAAAUGGGAGGAAAACAAAUGCCAAGAGCCCCUCAGGGAGACAGCAAAAGCACACAUGCAGCAAGUGUGGGAAGAGCUUCAGCCGCGAGUCCUCCCUCCACCAGCACCAGAGGGUCCAUCGAAGGGAGAAGCCCUUCACCUGCUCCAGAUGCAGGAGAAGCUUCACGUGCAGCUCCAGCCUCAGGAACCACCAGAAGACCAACUGCCAAGAGAAACGCCACCAGUGCCCUACGUGCGAGAAACGCUUCGCAUCCACCAAAUCCCUCAGAACACACCGCAAGCUCCACCUGCGGAACGGACCAUACCAGUGCUCCGACUGCGGGAAGACCCUCGCCUCCAACGCAGCUCUUGUCACCCACCGGAGGAUCCACACUGGCGAGAGACCCUACCAGUGCGCCGACUGCGGGAAAACCUUCAUGGCCAGCAAGUCCCUCAGCAAACAUCGCAGGAGCCACAGGGAAAGCUCUGUCUUUGUGUGCCCAGACUGUGGCAAAAAACUCACUUCCAAGUCCACCCUCGUCAUCCACCGUCGGAUCCACACGGGGGAGAGACCCUACGAGUGUCCCGACUGCGGGAAAAGCUUCAUGGCCAAGAAGUCGCUCAGCAAGCACCGCAAGACGCACCUGGCGGAGGGGACCUACACGUGUCCUGACUGCGGGGCCGUCUUCUCAAAGAACUCCACCUUAAUUGCCCACCUGCGGACCCACCGGGGCCAAGCCCCGUACCCCUGCUCCGACUGUGGGGAAGCCUUCUUUGAAAGCUCAACGUUUAAGCAACAUCUGAAAAAGCACUUGGUGAAGAAACCCUACCAGUGUCCUGACUGUGGGAUCGGCUUCACGGUCCAUUCGGGUCUUCUCCUCCAUCAGAAAAGCCACGUAGGACCCAGGCCCUAUGUCUGCUCCGACUGCGGGAAAGCUUUUCGGGAGAACACCACGCUCCGUAGGCACCAGAGGAUCCAUACAGGUGAGAAACCCUACCAGUGCUCUUACUGCGAGAAGAGCUUCCGGGCCAGCUCCACCCUCAUCAUCCACCGGAGGAUCCACACCGGGGAGAAACCCUACAAAUGCACCAAGUGCACCAAGUGCUUCAUGUCCAGCUCCUCUCUCAUGAAGCACCUGCGGGUCCAUCUGCGAAAGGAGAUGCUGGUGGGGCCCAAUCAAUCAAACCCGGCCAGCAACGCAGAGCGUCUGGGUCUGCAGCGGGAAGAGCAGGAUCAGCAUCCCGAGGUCUCCAGAGAGAAAUCUCCCAGCCAAGGGGAGAGCAAGGGUCCCACCUGCGACUUGGACAUAGUGUUCCCGGUAGCAUCUGCGCCGCCCCAGGACCUGCAGAUCGGCCUCAGGGUGGAAGAAGGGGAAGAGAUGGCAGCUCCUGGUCCCACAGGGAGAGAGGAGACAAGUGGCUCCAGGAACAUCCCUGCAGGAGAUGAGAUGCAGAGGGAAGCUGAAGGACACCGCAUGGAGCUGGGAUCUCCUGGUGGAGCCAAAGUGAUGGUAAAAGCCAAAAGGAAUGAGCCUGGGAGAGCUUGUGAGAGGAACCAGGAGAUGGAGAGAUCCCCAAGAACGAAGGAGAGCAACCAGGAGGUGGAGGGAUGCCCAGGGAUGGAGCAGAGAGAUGGACUCACCUGUGAGGAGAGGGAUCAGCAGCUCUUUGCAGAAGGAAGUCUCUACAAGUGUUCCCACUGCCAGGAACACUUCCAGGACCGGUCGGAGCUUAUAUACCACCAGAGGUUGCACAGAGGAGGAAGCAUUUUUAGAUGCCAGGAGUGCGGGAAGGAUUUUGGGGAGAGCUCGGACCUGAGCUCCCAUCAGAAAAGCCACAUGGUAGAAAAGCCAUACCAGUGCCUGACGUGCGAGAAGUUCUUCAAGGACAGGUCCACCCUCAUCAGGCACGAGAGGGUGCACACGGGGGAGAAGCCCUACAAGUGCCUGGAGUGUGAGAAGAGGUUCACCCGCAGCUCAGACAUAAUCGUCCACCAGCGGACACACACCGGGGAGAAGCCCUUUGAGUGCUCCAAGUGUGGGAAGAGGUUCAGCCAACGGUCCAACCUCUUCACCCACCACAUCGUACACACUGGAGAGAAACCUUUCACCUGCCACGAGUGUGGGAAAACCUUUGCCCGGAGAUCAGAGCUCACCAUCCACCAGCGGACCCACACGGAGGAGAAGCCCUACCACUGCUCCCGGUGUGAAAAGUCCUUCCGGGGCAGAUAUGGGCUCUUCAGGCAUGAGCGGUUGCACACGGGCGAGAAACCCUACAAGUGCUCUGAGUGUGGGAAGAGCUUUGGCCAGAGCGGGGACCUCAUCACCCACCAGCGCUUCCACACGGGGGAGAAACCCUACCACUGCUCCGCAUGUGGGAAAUUCUUUUGCAACAAAUCCAGCCUCGUUAAACACCAGAAGUGGCAUUCAGGGGAGAAGCCUUACAAGUGCCACGAGUGUGAGAAGAGCUUUGGGCAGAGCUCGGACCUCAUUGCCCACCACCGGACCCACACCGGGGAGAAGCCCUACCCCUGCGGUGAGUGCGGAAAGAGGUUCACCAGGAAAUCCAGCCUCAUCGUCCACCAGCGUCGACACAGAAGGCAGAGAACAGGAGAACACUCAAAAAGUGGGAAGAGCUUGGAGGAAGACUCCAGCAAUGAUGCUCCCAGGAACGUGGGCGUGGGAGACAGCUCGUCCCCGCACUCUGAGUGUGCGAAGCCCCUUGAGGAGGCAUCAAGCCUCCUUGACCACCAGAGCUGAUUAGAGGAAGGAAAAAACCCUCCGAAGUGCCUGGAUGAGGAGAGAUGGCUUGGUUGGGUUGGGUUGGGUUGGCUUGGCUUGGCUUGGUUGGCUUGGCUUGGUUGGGUUGGCUUGGUUGGGUUGGGUUGGCUUGGCUUGGCUUGGCUUGGUCGGGUUGGGUUGGUUGGGUUGGGUUGGCCUGUUAUCAAGACCAUGCAAGACAAGGAGAAACAAGUGCAGCAUGGGACAACCUCUCACGCCAGGUUUAACCAUUCUGGUGGUCCUAGAGACUCCUCAGGGGAAGAAAAGACUCAAAUGCUCUGGGUGGGUCCAUCAGUCCUGGAGAAAGACCGAGUCCUGAUUUCUCUGUUACCCCAUCAAUUGUCUCAGGCUUCACCCCGCUCCUCCAGCAGCUCCAUCCAAACCUGUUGCUACCCAGUGAGACCCCUCCCGUCAUCCCAUCCCCUCUUUUUUCCCCAACAUAGAAUCACAGAACAGUUUGGGUUGGAAGGGACCUCAAAGCCCAUCCAGUUCCAACCCCUGCCAUGGACAGGGACCCCUCCCACUGGAUCAGAUUGCUCCAAGCCCCAUCCAACCUGGCCUUGAACCCCUCCAUCCAACACCUUGUUGUUCUACUUUUUAACGUCCACUGAGAUGUGAUCCCUGCUCCCCUUCAAGCAUCCAUCGCGUGUCCAGCCCCAACAUCUAAAAACCCUUGACUUUAACCUCUCGAGUUGGUCGUUCCCACCGAGAUUUUUAUUUUACCAUUUGAUAUUUCUGCACACGGCAAAAACCCAAGAAAAUUUUGUCUUGCAAGAGGAACCUUGGAGGAACGAGCACUUUCCCCUCCCAAAGACAAAGACGUUUGUAAUGGUGGAGAGAAUCAAGAGCUCCACUGGGAAUACGGAGUGUCCACUCCGUUCAUCCAAGGGGAAACCAAGAGGUUUUGGAGAAAGGAGCUUGGCUUAAAGGGCUCAGUGGCCCAAAAGGACAAUGUAUACCCAAUAUAGUCAAUAAAUCACCCAUUUCUUGUCAUCGUUGCUGCACGCAGCAGGUGUCCAUGAAUGUCAUGGUGGAAUGAAUGCUCCUCCAUGAGACGUACCAGUGGGAGCUCUAGGCUGUUGGGUUUGACUGGGAGGACACGGUGGUCCAGGCAUGCAGGGCUUCACUUGCCCGGCUCUGCACCCACUUACCUGCCUCUCAUCUCAUCGCCGAAUUGGUCCCAGUGCUUCCUCGCUACUGGUGCCACAGCUGGAGCGUGCAACCAGAUCCAGCUUUUAGCAGUGUGAAGAGGAAAGCCAAAGUCACCUUGUGGGCACAACCCAGAGGCCACGAUGAUGGCACCAGUCCCAAAUUUGCCCCAAAAUGAGGAAACCCUCACCUACCUCACGCCCACCACACAGGAUGGUUCCCCUGGACCUUGGUGGGCACUCAGCAUCUUCCGCACCAGCAACUGUGUGAUGAGGGAGAAGCCAGGAGAGCAGUCCCAUGGGAUGAGGGAACAUCUAGGGUUGAGAUGGAGCCUAGUGCUCCAGGAGGAAGGAUCUGGGGGCUCCAAGUGAUGCAAUGAUGUCCUAAUGAUGACCCAGGUGUCCGAGUGGGGGAACCUAAGCAUUGGAGGAGGGGGCCAGGCGUCUGGGAUGGGGGGGGAUCCAGGAACCUGGGAGUGGGGGGACCCUGGUGUUGGGGAAGGACCCAAACAUUCAAGAUGAGGGGAGACCCAGGAAUCCAGGCCUUCUCUGGACUCGCUCCAUCAGCUCCAUGUUCUUCCUGCGCUGACGAUUCCAGGCUGAACAACUCCAACUCUCCCAGUCUGUCCUCACGCAGGAGGCCCUCCAGCCCUUGGAUGACCUCCAUUGCCUCAUCUGGACUUGCUUUAAUAGUUCCAUGUUCUUCCUCUGCUGAGGACUCCAGAACUGGACACAGGGCUUCAGACGGUGUCUCACCAGAGCAGAGCAGAGGGGCAGAAUCCCCUCCCUGGCGCUGCUGGUCCCAUCGCAGCCCAGGACACGGUUGGUUUCUGGGCUACAAGCGCUCAUUGCCAGUUGAUGUCGAGCUUCUCCUCCACCAUCACCCCAAGUUCUUCUCUUCACGGUUGCUUCCAAACCAUUCUCAGAGCCCAGAUCCAUUUGGGAAUGUGCCGACCCAUGACCAAGGAUUUAAAAAAGACCUUGAAGAUGGGCGAUGGGAUGAGGGACAGCCCAAAAGAGCAGACGGUUGGCGUGGGGUGUGGUGGGAGCAAGAACAUUAUGAACCAACACAUGGAACCCUUGGAGCAAACUCAAUAAUAAGAGGAAAUAAUUAGCAAACAAAAAGAAACUGUGUCGUUACCCAUCAUCCUACUGCAGCUCAUUUGCAUGAGGUAGGUUUUUCCACUUUUGCUGUCUUUAAAAUCAAAUUUAACCAAUAAGAAGCAUUGACUUUUUUUUUCUCUUCCAUGUAGGACAUCUCAACUCUUCCCACCCCUCCUCUGC